UCCCCCGGCGCGCCCAACCCGGAACCCGGCGAGCGCGGGGGCGGGGAAGCGAUCGCGCCGAGCUGGCGGGCUCCCCAGCGGCCCCCGGCCCCCCAGCCAUGUCGGCCGAGGAGAUGGUGCAGAUCCGCCUGGAGGACCGCUGCUACCCGGUGAGCAAGAGGAAGCUCAUCGAGCAGAGCGACUACUUCCGCGCCCUCUACCGCUCCGGCAUGCGCGAGGCCCUGAGCCAGGAGGCCGGCGGCCCCGAGGUGCAGCAGCUGCGCGGCCUCAGCGCCCCGGGCCUGCGCCUGGUGCUGGACUUCAUCAACGCCGGCGGGGCCCGCGAAGGCUGGCUCCUGGGCCCGCGGGGCGAGAAGGGCGGGGGGGCGGCGGAGGAGGAGGAGAUGGAUGAGGCGAGCCUGCUGUCCGAGCUGGUGGAAGCGGCCUCCUUUCUGCAGGUCACGUCCCUGCUGCAGCUGCUGCUGUCCCAGGUGCGGCUGACCAACUGCCUGGAGCUCUACCGCCUGGCGCAGGUGUACGGGCUGCCCGACCUGCAGGAGGCCUGCCUGCGCUUCAUGGUCAUCCACUUCCACGAGGUGCUGUGCAAGCCUCAGUUCCACCUCCUGGGGUCUCCUGCGCAGGCCCCGGGGGAUGUCAGCCUGAAGCAGAGGCUGAGGGAGGGCCGGAUGACAGGGACUCCUGUCCUCGUGGCCCUGGGGGAUUUCUUGGGGGGACCUUUGGCCCCUCACCCCUACCAGGGGGAGCCCCCCUCCAUGCUCAGGUAUGAGGAGAUGACUGAACGUUGGUUCCCGCUGGCCAACAACCUUCCUCCUGACCUGGUGAAUGUCAGGGGUUACGGGUCUGCCAUCCUGGACAACUACCUCUUCAUAGUGGGCGGGUACAGGAUCACUAGCCAGGAGAUCUCCGCUGCGCAUUCCUACAAUCCCAGCACCAACGAGUGGCUCCAGGUGGCCUCCAUGAACCAGAAGAGGUCCAACUUCAAACUUGUGGCUGUUAAUUCAAAACUCUAUGCCAUUGGUGGGCAGGCCGUUUCUAACGUUGAGUGUUACAAUCCUGAGCAGGAUGCGUGGAAUUUUGUGGCACCGUUACCAAACCCUCUGGCUGAGUUCUCAGCCUGUGAGUGUAAGGGGAAAAUCUAUGUCAUUGGAGGAUAUACAACCAGAGACCGGAACAUGAACAUUUUGCAGUACUGCCCCUCUUCCGACGUCUGGACACUCUUCGAAACAUGUGAUGUCCACAUUCGCAAGCAGCAGAUGGUGUCUGUUGAGGAGACCAUCUACAUCGUGGGGGGGUGUCUCCAUGAAUUGGGGCCCAACCGGAGGAGCAGCCAGAGUGAGGACAUGCUCACCGUGCAGUCCUACAACACUGUCACCCGGCAGUGGCUCUACCUCAAGGAGAACACCUCCAAAUCAGGUCUUAACUUGACUUGCGCGCUGCAUAACGAUGGCAUCUACAUCAUGAGCAGAGACGUUACCCUUUCCACCAGCUUAGAGCAUCGCGUUUUCCUCAAGUACAACAUCUUUUCAGAUAGUUGGGAAGCGUUUAGGCGUUUUCCAGCCUUUGGACAUAAUUUGCUGGUUUCCUCUCUUUAUCUGCCCAAUAAAGCAGAAACAUGACUGAAUUGACUUAGUAUUUAAAAGAAACCUGAUUCAAGACAAAGAAAAAAUAAAUUUAGUGUCCCAUUUCAAGGGAGACUGAUUUCUAAAGGAAAAACAUGGGUUAAAGUAGGUCACAUACAACAGCUGUAAAUAAGCUUACUUGAACUAAUUACUUGAAAACUUGUGGAGAAAAUAGACCAACUUUAUUAUUUUUUUAAUUAUUGGUUUUUAAAUUAUGGGAGCAAAUCCAUGACAAUGUUUUCAUCCAGAUAUCCCCCUUGGGCCAAUGACUGAAACUGUUCAGCAAAAAGCAGAUUCGUCAUGUCUACUUAGCAAAGGGCCAAAGUCAAUGAUUGGCAUGGAUGGUAAAGAUGAUUUUAAAAUCUGUUUUAUUUAGGUCACUUGAAAUAUCAUUAAUACCGUAAGUCAGAGAUUUUUUUGUUUUGUUAUUAAUUUACUUGACCAACAUUUAUGUUAACACUGUCAUUCUUCCCUUCUCUCCCCCAAUUAUACCCACAUAUACUUCCAGUGUGUUUAAAAUAGGGUUCUGUGCUCAGAUAUUUUAUUUGCACAAUACCUUUCAGGAAACUUACAAUGAUGGAACCCUACACUGACGCCUUGCAAGCAUCCAGUCCUCCCCAAAACUUGCAUGAAAACAUUCUCAGCUAUUUUCCAGCCUUUUUUUGCAGUUAUGAAUGCUGAGUAAAUAGGCAGAUACAACCUUUUAUUUACGUGGCAGAUUUUAGAUUUAUGUGGUCAGAUAAGUUGCAUUGCUAAGCAUUCUGUAUUGUAUAAAAGAGAGGAUAUAUUGUUUAAAAGAUGGAUAUAUAGAUAUAUAUUUUUAAAUUGAGUCUUAAAUUUAAAUUCAGAUGGGAAGGGAAGGAAAUACCAAAUAAGAAAAACAAUUGCCUUUAAGGGUUACUUUUAUUGAAUGUCUUUGCCUUAGUUUCUUUUUUUAAGAUUGAAAAAAAUAACCUUGUCAUUUUUAGAUCAGGCAUCUUUCUAAUUCAGUGUUAGCUUUUUAAUGCAUGCUUUGCUUUUGUCGGGUGAGGAGAGGAAAGCUGUGAAAUGUUUGUGCUGGAGAGGGGGAGAGGCUCUUUGGCAAGUGGAAUGGUGCCGGUGCCUGGUGGUAUUUCUGAAAUUGGGUAAGGAGCUCUCCUUGCCUUGGCUGAUAAAUGGAACCCUGCUCAGGCAGUGGUUUAAUUUCAGUAAGUCAUUUAACAAUGGAUAAAGGCUUCUGCCAAUCAUAGACCAGCAUUUCUUUAAAAACAUAUACAUACUUACGGAAAUUUCCUUUUGAUUGGAAAACAUUUUCUGAAAUUCUUUGAUCUUUUGUAAUGGAAUCGGUGAAACUGUGAGCUGGAUUUCAUCUUUCCGUUCUAACAUUUCAGUUACAGCAUGCCUCACUUUAAGAAAGUCCCACAAAAAAUAAAGACUGCCAUGGCAACUUGAUGCACUCGUCCGUCAGACAUGGGCCGUCUCCAGUAUCCAAUCACUGUGCGCAUGUACGUAGUACAGAGGAGCGGAUUGCUUCAGCGGAGCCCUUCAGUUUAUCAAAGGAGUCACUACAGGGUUUCUUUACAACAGCGGCCUGCUAGUAUAUUUAAAAUAAGGGUCUGGUUGUAAAGAUUCUAUUUGUACCACUUUUCAGGAACACUGCUAGGUAAAAUGAGGUAAGCCUUUAUUGUGGACAUGGAGACGGAUCAUUGUAUCUUGUCACCAAAUAAUCUUAUCAGUACUCUGCUUAGAACACCACUUAACGGUUUCUAAGUCAUAUCCAUUUAUUCUCAAAUACUUAGCUGUUUUUUUGUUGUUUUUUUUAAAGAAAAAACUCUGAGCUGAUAUCUUCCUGGGCAUGGUACUUUAAUAAUAGAUUUAUAUUAAUUUAUAUUCAUUACAGAGUUAGUUUCUAGUGACCUAUAAUUUCAUUACAUGUAUUUAAAAAUCUUAUUUAUUUUAGAUCGUGUUCACUUUCGUUGCUAACGAGCUUAACUUUUUUAAGGCUUAACUUUAUAUAUUUAAAAGAUUCUAGCCAGUUGAAUUAGUUCUGGGCAAAGAAUUGGAGAUUAGCUUGUAAAUAACCACAUUCCAUAAAAUGCAAUAUUAAUCCUGCCAACCGGUUCUCUUCCUGAUUACAUUUUUUGGGGUCUGUUUUCUUAAUGCCAACAAUUAUAUUCUUGGACCAAGUGAAGGCAUACUCUGAUCCACAAAGCUCUUUUUAUAAGUUAGGUUUCAUGUGUGUGUAAAUGUGCGUAUGUCUGUUUGUGUGUAUGUGUGUGUGUGUGUGUGUGCGCGCGCGCGUGCGCGCACGCUUGCGUAUUAUAGCUCUAAGAUGCUCGGACUUCCAGCAAGGUUUUGUUACUCUGGGCUGCCACAGAGCUUGGGCAAGGUGGAAUGUGCAGCAGGGACAGAUCUGUGGAUUUGGGACAUCAUCCUUCCUGCUGUGCAUAGCAGCUGUAUUGACAGUUCGAGGGUAAUUUUAACUUCGCUGUGUUCCCUUGUUGGUGCCUUUGUUAUAUGGAAGACUACCUAUGAUGAAAGCAAAGUUUCUUUUCACAUCUUCCCUCAUCCCCCAGAAUUUUGCUGUUAGAUAAUAUCCCUCUGUUUUCUUUCUUUCUCUAAAUGCUUUGUCUUUAUUUGCUGAGAUGCUUCUGUGGAGCGCUGACCUCACACUAUGGUGAGGAAGUUACUGGGAGGACCCUCAGUGGUAGCCAUCCUGCCAGAAGCAACCUGUUUUACUAAGAAUGGUCUGGAUGGCAGAGUGAGUCCUGAGUGUGGAUUGGUGGAGGGAGGUUGUUAUUGGUUCUUUCUAUCAUUCUUUUCUGGCUUUCUUUUCAACACCCUUAGUUUCAGAGUCCUCUGUCCUUUAAAAGUUUUUCUGAUGAGUAUAUGAGUUCAUUAUUUCAACAGUAUUGGUUAAGUCAUAACGAUGAAGUACUGAGAAGAUUAUGGAUACUAGUAAAAAAUAAGGAUUUAAAUUAAGUGUAUGAAUACCAAAGACAGUUUAACUCUGCCAUAUUUUUUUUAACCAAAAUCCCAAGUAAUUCCAAAUGCCUUAGAUAUCAGUUAAAGUCAUACUGAGAUGGACAAAGCUUUUUCUCUACAAAGGGAGUAAUCAAGUAAAUGCUUAUUGUCUUUCAAUAAGUGAUUACAUAUUGAGCAUUGUGGAUGCUGUGUUUUCAAAAUUUCAGGUAAAGUCAUGACUCUACCUGUUUGGCCAUACAGGUAAAUCAAGUGGGAAGGCUGUGGCCUUCCUAGUCAACCAGCAUUAAAUGAGCAGUGGCUUAAUGGCAGAGCACUCAAGAGGCAGCAUAGGCAUGAGUGUUGAAUGCCUUCCUCUUAGACCAGGGAUCAGGGAAUAUGUAACAUCUGUGCCACCAUUCUUUCAAGAUGGCAUUAUGAAUGAGUGGCACUCCUUUCCUCUGUGCCAGGAACUGAUAUCAGAAACCAUGUCAUCGAUGCUUCCAGGCACCCGUUACCAGUCCAUCAGAGAGAGAUGAAGUUUGUCAUCCCUGCCUUAGGCAGAGGAGUGAAUGAAUUGAGUAGUUACCACCCAAGGUGGCUUUGAAAGCAAUGGGCUGGUUCAGCUAUUCCCUGCUUUCCAGAAAUACUGAAUGUCAAUCAUGUACAAGACAAUACUAAGAACUGAGGAUACAGAUAUAAAUAAGCCACCAUCCCUGACCUUGAAGAGCUUACCAGCUUAUGAAAAUGUUCACUGUAAUCGUAACGAGUGUCCUCAAAGAUGCCCACUUUUGUCAGGCACGGUGGAACUCUCUGGCCUGGCCCCCUCUUCGGUUCUGGUCCAAUCUGCCCAUUGAUGAUUUGCUAACAAUAAUUAUGAACCAGCUUGUCUCUAAAUUUGAACAUGAUGUUUUUGUUUUUAUGGUAUGGUUUUUUUCUCACUACUUUUCAUAGUCUUCUAUGUACUUCACUUUUUUUUUUUUAAGUAUAUGAUCUGCUUUAUUUAAAAAUACUUACUAGGCACCACAACCUAUCUAGCUGAGGGCUCAGCUGCUUAAGUCCAUGAAGAGGAGCAAAGCCAGGGAAGUAUUGGGAGAGAGGCAUGCUGUUUGCAUGUGCAUUUAUACCUAUGCCUUUAAAACACUUCUGUGUAAAGUAUUAAUAAAGAAAUGGUGAUUAACACACUAGUCCUGACUGAAAGUCAGUUGAUUUUUGCCUUCGUGAUCACUAUCAAAGGGUAAUUUUCCAUCCUUACAUUUCAUUCACAUAAGAGUGUUGGUUUUUCAUUUUUUUUGAGUUAACUUUGGAACACGAUAUAAAAUAUAUACCAGUUGACACAUGUUGACUUCUGUACUUGACAUAACCAUUUUUAUCCAUUCCUACAGGAGACAGAUUAAAUGUAAAAGAUUGCCAAUUUUGAGGAGUAAAAGUGUGCUGAAAUUACAUUGAUAGGGUUGGCUGGUGCUUUCUCAAAUGGAUGUCAUAGUUUGUGACUAGUAAAGGAAAUGAAAAUGUAAUUUACAUUAUUGUGUCAUUUUUAAAAAAAAAUUUUAAUAGGGGCUCUUUAGAUGUCUCUACAAUGUUUUCAUAUCUAGUGGUCAUUUUAGAAAAAAUAAUCUGUAGAAUGAACAGUUAUGUUUUGUUAUAAAGAUACUUUGUUAAAAAGAUUGCAUUGAGUUUUCAAUUUCAAGUGUGACUUAAAAUGUAAACAUCAUAUGAUUCACUUAAAUACAACAAUGAUGCUUAUGAAGCACUCACUCAAAACAGCGUUGUUUUUGUGUUUAGAGCUAUAGAAGAAAAAUCUCUUCCAAUAAAGUAGUUCUAAAUCA